AUGCAGGACGCAAACAAUGCUGUCGUACGUCUGGCCGCUCAUAAGAAGCGGAGGGAUUGGUUUGAGAUCUUUGACCUCCAAUUCCUGGGCUCGGUGGAGGUUCCUCAUCACCAGGGCAACGACGUCCUCUAUGCAGCCAUGCAGAAGGUGGCUUCCAGCCGUCGCGCGGUCGCCGGACUCAAGCCGACGUUGCCGUGUUCGUUGGAGGUGGGCGCGCGAGGGCUCCGCCUCACGGUGACCGGCGCCCGGCACGCGCCGGCCCCGCAGCGCAACGGCUUCCACAAACACAAGCCGAUCAAGAACUUCAGCCACUUUUUCCAGCUGAAGAAUAUUUCUUUCUGUGGUUUCCACCCCAAAAACCCAUGCUACUUUGGGUUCAUCUGCAAGCACCCAACGGACGGCAGGUUUGCCUGCCACGUGCUCCUCUCCACUCAGUCUACCAAGCCCAUCGCAGAGUGCUUCGGGAAAGCUUUUCAGCAGUUUUACCACGACUGCAUGGAUUACAACUGCCCGGUUGAAGAUAUUUUUCUGGAAUGAAGUUACGUAAAGGUGUACUACCUGUGUGCAGUGCACUUAUAUCACCAGUGCACGAGUUUUCUCCUAAGUAAGCCCAAUUCGUGUAUGCAUUCAUGUAUUCAUACGUGUGUAAUUUAAGUUAUUUAUGCGAGGUAUGUACGGCAAUCGUGGCGCGUGUUUACCAGUCACAGCGGCAAAGAAGGUGUCAUUGUGCAUCGACAGAUUAUUUUAUUUCACAAUCAGGGAAUAUCGAGGACCUCGCUAUACUAGCGUGCGGAUGUCUGCACACACCACCACAUGUGCAGCCAUAUCAGAAUACCUUUUUGGUGAAUUUGAUAUUUUUACAGUGGGACAUUUCACACCAAAUCUGUACACGCCUGUGUGGAACUCCUCAGCUUGGUGGGGUGACCAAUGACCUAUGACUCUUCACAAAGCAGGAUUUGAGGAGCGAUUGGCAGUGCACGAACACGUGGUACCGGCAUGCAAGGGGAGGUGGAAUUCAAUCAUAUUACAGGGGAACGCCCGGUGGAAGUGGG